CAGAGUCACUUUAUUACUAUUCAUUCGUGUGUAUCGGUUCGAAAAUGUCCACAAGAGUGACUUUGUGCUUAAAAAGUUUAUUUCGUGGAAUAAGCAUUUAAUGAAGAAUAAUAGUGAAUCAUCCCAACCUACCCAUUUGGCUACACAAGAAACUGACUCAAAAAAAUCAGAUCAUAUGUGUUAUAAAAACGAGCCGGUUGUGGUUUUGGAACAUUGCAUUUCUUGUUCUGCUUUCGAACGAAACGCUAUGAAAGCAGUUUAUUGUCAGGAAACUGGUUAUUAUGACAGGGUGAACUGUACGUACAGUAAACAGCUUGGAUUAAGGCCGUGCUAUAAUAAAACCAAGCAUUCAAUACAAUUUUUUGCAUUUACGAUAUUUUGUGCUUUUUUGUUCGUUAUCAGUUAUGGUGUGAUAAAUUGGCGGCAAAAUGUGCUUCGUAAGCGAGCUUAUAUGCGAAUACGAAAUCGCCUCAAUUCCUAG